AUGUCGGGUUUUUCGUUGUUCUCGUCGGCUCCGGAGGAGGCACCAAGCACUAGCGCAACCACGGGGGGUAGCAGCAGCUCAUCUUCGCAAAAAGAUGAAAAGGGAGCUAAAGAUCUCCAAAAACAGCCUCCAACCCAAGAGGGACAACAUCAGGAGAAUGAAGAUCUGGCUGCUUACGCUCUGCAAGUGGAAGCCUACAUGGGUCAAAUAUCUCACGUGGAGGAGACCUAUGGCGAUGUUUCUCCAGAGAUGGCGCUGGUUCUUUCAAUUAAGGCUUUGGCGAUAAGAGUAGAUUGAUUGGAUAUUUGAAUGCUGUGAUGAACGACAAAAAGGGGGAGAUCUGAAUACACGAUAUCACUUGCUAGGAUAUCGCUCGCUGUAAUCCAUUGCUGAUCAUGAUAGGUAGUGGUGCUAUGUCAUGUCAUAUGCCGCAGGCUUAGGCGCGCGUAUCGCUUCUCUGCUAAUUAAUGACUCUGCGAAAUGUUGAAACGACAUGGGAAAAAGGAUAAGACUUUGGCGCUGCGCAAUCGUGUACUCGACAUUGAGCGGCAGUUGUUUGACUCCAGGAAGCAAGCAAUCCGUACCUGCAUUAACGAAAGGCUGGGACAGCACUUGGAUGGAACGAGAAAAAUUAUGGCUCGUUGGAUUGUAAACGAUUUCAUUUCCGAAAGGCAUAGCGACAUGAAUCAUUUACAACUCAGGGCUAUAGGCAUAUGCUGACAAGAGUACUACUUCCUCGUCUAAUCCAAAGAACGCUCUUGCAGCCGAAGUCGUACAGAUUGUAGCCGAGGAAAAAGACAAGGAGGACAAGUUGACGACGACAAAAAAGGUUGAAGGCAAUCUAUCCGCUUCAUCUUCAACAUCGUCGGUUGCGGCUAGUACGUCUUUCAGUGCAGAGAUUAGAUUUAUGCUGGAGAGAAGGCUGGGGGACCUAGCUGAAGCUGGAGAAGUAGUACUCGGAAAUUCUUCUUCAUCGUCAUCUUCGUCGCCAUCGAGAGGUGGCCAAGGUGUAGCCAAAACGUUUGAAGACCUCCAUGACCGAAUCCUCCAGAUAGUGGAGAAUGCUACUGGAAACACGAUAAAUUCUCCAGCUAACUCGCCUACCUCGGCAAAGCAGGGGUCACCUAGCUCUUCGGUUAGGAGUGGCCACUCCAGGGAUCGAAACGACAGAUUGGGCCUGGACGAUGAUGACACACUGGCGAUUUUAGGACCGGAUUCUUCGCCCGAGUCAUCUCCGGAGCACCUGGCUUCGAAGAAGAUAGUAGCAGGCGACAACAAUCUUGAAGAACGAGGUAUAAACGCCGACGAAGGUAACGAAGAAGCAGAAGAGCCCUCAAGUUGGACUCAGUUAACGGCACCAUCUUCGUGGUGUAGACCUGUGAUCAUCAGCAUCGUUGCCUUAGUCGAAACAUUAGAGGCUCAGUACCGAAGGCAACGGCAACGAACAAGUGCGGAAAUCCGAGAAUUGCUACGUUUCGGUCAGGACCGAGAAGGAUUGGAGAGUUCCACGUCAUCUUCUGGACGAUCUAAUACUCGAGCGCAGGAUGAUACGGGACUACGUCUGUCUCGUGCGAUAGACAAAAACAGCAAUUUGCUAGAUGUGGUGGCUGGGACGACGGGUAUUCAACAAUAACCAUGAGUUUGUUAGUGUUUCAAAGCGGGUAAGCGCGAUUGUUUUCGCAUCGUGCCUGGCACAUAACGCCGAUUCUUCAGGGACAUCCGCUCAUCACACGCUUGAUAAACUUAAUAGCUCUUUUCCUCCAUCACACCUCCUGAAAGUACAUGUUUCGUCUACGCUUGAUAAACUUAAUAGCCCUUUUCCAUGACUACAGGUUUCGUUUCUUCCCUCCUUCUGUCGACAGUCCAAACUUCAGCACGCGUUGGUGUGCUGACAGUAGCCGACACGACUUUUUCUGUUGGUGCGGCGGCUCUAGACCUAGCGGUGCCAGAUUCUUUCUUCGGAAAGAGGAUAUUCGGGUUUCUAGGGCGUGGCCUGUUCAGCCUAUCGCGGAAUUCUGUGGAUUACGGCCUUUCCUUGAGCGGAGCGGUGCUUGAAAAGGUUCCAGUAGGCACGCUCGUGCGAGGUAGCGUUAAAACAGCGGCCGCAGUGGGCGACUUCUUUUAUGGUUAGCGACUUCGUUUUUGGAAUUAUAACUUGUCGUUGUCUACUACUGUCAAAUUUGUCUGUCAAAUAAACGGAGAAGUAAAAAUGCAUGAUCGAGAUUGUGAGGAUUUACAUUUUGGAGGGGAUGACUUAAUGGUGUAUAUACAUAUGAUUCUUCUAAUACCACAGGGUGUAUUUGAUUCUUCUAAUACCACUUGGAUCGCAUGCAGGACCACAAGGGUAAAGAAGCUUCUCCUACAAAUGGUGAGCCUUCAACAAGUAGCUGCUCUCGUGCUGAAGAGGACGCGAAUGCAAAAAAUGGUGAGCCUUCAAGUAGCUCUCGUGGCGACUCUAGUCCUCCGAAGAAGACUUCCACUAGUCCUGAAAUUGUCGAUAUGACUGAUUUGCAUCUUGGGAUCUCAAGUUCUUCUAGAAGUGACGGCUUUGCGGGAAAUUCGACAUCAUCUUCCUCUGGAGGAGGCAUACUUUCUUCGAUCUACGGCUUCGUUCCGUGGACGAGAGCCUCUGAAGGGGAUGUUGAAUUGGAGGAGAUUGGAGGUGAGAAGGAGAUAGUAGCUGAGAAUGAGAAAGUAUUGUCUUCACCAAAGCAGCCUAACAAUUUUACAAAGGAUACGGAGCAGGUGGAAACGGCUAAUCUUCAUGCUGUGAAGACCAGACCACGUGAAGGACAUGCGGCGAAAAAAGACCCAACAGCUACUUCGGCUAGCUCAUCUGCCGCCAGUCCAGGCACACCCUGUUCAUCAAAGAAAAAUUCAGAAUCAAGCAACACUGCAGCAGGGCGUAAGGAAUCCACAUCACUCGCAGGACCUGCAGAAGGAGAAUCAACCGCAACAGCUGCAUCAGCUGCAUCAAGAGCUGAAGAGGAACGAGAACGAGAACAAAGCUCGUCUCCCACCAACAACACUGUCCUAGACUGGUCGAUUAUCGCGGUCCCCGCGAGUGUGAUAGACGCAGCAGCAACCGUUGGCAGUGCUCUGGUGUCUUCGACGACAUCCGCAGUGACUGACGGCAUUGUCGGAGUGAGUGAUGGCAUUGCUGGUGCCGCAGGUUCGGUGUCUGAUGGGGUGUACACAGCGGCUGGAAGUGUGUCGACAGCGUUGAAUGAAGUCGGAGCUGGGAUCCUCGAUGGAACGAACGAGAUCAUCGAAGGAACGACAGGGGUCUUGUUUUUAAGGCUUUGUUUCACUAUUUUCUUAUAGUAAAAAUAGAGAGAUGUUGGGAGAUUCUUCAAAAAUCAACGAAGUUCAAGUUGCGAGUUACGGAGCGUGAACGGUUACAUGAAUAAGGAUACCUAUGAUCUAGGACCCUCUAACUUCAGGCGCUGCCGCAGGAACACCCGACGAAAAUGAAGAUGACGACUUUCGGUCGGCAGACGGUGAUGCUGCAGAUUCAGAAGCCCGUCUUAGAGACGACGGGCUAGAAGUUCCUGAAGAAGGUGAGCAACUAGGUCCGAAAAGGAGUUCGUCUUCAAAUGCCAGAAGAGGAGAAGUAAAUAACCCUUCUUCAUCUUCUAGUAGGCCUGGUUCACCAGAAGCUCAGGAACUAGUGUCACUGAUGAAUGCUAAUUUAGACGAAGCAGAAAACUUUUUAGAGUUUCGGAAAUCUAAGGAAAUAAUGUCUCAUUUGGGACGUAAAAGUAGGGAAACGACAGGCAAAGAAGGAGAGACAGGAAAAGAAGUAGAGACCCUGGAAGAUAUAAGCCUGGAUGAUUAAAAGACGCAAACGUGAUCAGUAUUUAUAAAAGCUUGAGUUGCUCUGGCUUUCCAGCUUGAAAAAGCACAGGCAUUACGGGA